UUAUUGUCAAUUUAAAAUUAUUUAUUUCAUUUAAUCAUUUUUGUUUUUCUGUCAUUUAAUAUUUGAGUAUAUUUGACUUGAUUGAAAUUUAAAAUGAGUUUGUCACACACUCGCAGUAUAUUGCAGCACUCGAGCAAAAUAUUGCAAUUCAGUAAUAGUCAGAUUUCUAAUAGUAUUCGUGGAUUGACUAUACCAAUUGUAGUAGAACAAACUGGUCGUGGGGAACGUUCUUACGAUAUAUUUUCUAGACUUCUUAAAGAACGUAUAGUUUGUGUUAUGGGAGAAAUCAAUGAUCAUGUUGCGUCAUUGGUAAUAGCUCAGUUAUUGUUUUUACAAUUUGAAAAUCAAAAAGCCACAAUCAAUAUGUAUAUUAACAGCCCUGGUGGUAGUGUUACAGCAGGUUUAGGCAUUUAUGACACUAUGAUGUACAUUAAGCCAGAUGUAUCAACUUGGUGCAUAGGACAAGCUUGUAGUAUGGGAAGUGUUUUAUUAGCAGCAGGAACAAAAGGUAAAAGGCAUGCGUUACCUCAUUCAAGGAUAAUGAUUCACCAGCCAUCUGGUGGAAUGCAGGGAAAAGCAUCAGAUAUGAAAAUUGUAACUGAUGAAAUUCUAAGGCUUAAAUCAUCGUUAAUUGACAUUUAUGGCAAACACACAGGAAUGCCUGCAGAUAAAAUCGAUGCUAGUAUGGAAUCGGAUCAUUUCAUGAGUGCAGACGAAGCUGUCACUUUUGGAUUGAUUGACAAAGUUGAACAACCGUCAAUAAAUUGAUUUUAUGUACUAUUGUAUUUUUCCUGUAUAUUUUAUUCUUGUUAAUAUUGUAUACCAAUUUACUAAA